AUGUCGCAUAUGCGCCGUGCUACUGUGUCAUUUGACAGAGGCAUGGCCUUCAACUUCGCUGCGCUUGCCUCAUCCAGCAUUAUUGACACCAUGUCUAUUGCCGCGGGGAGAAUAAGUUGCUCGGCUAUCGUGCUCGACAUGGGUGACAGCCUCACCGUUCCAGACGAGUUCACAGAGGAGGAGAAGACGACUGGUGUGUGGUGGAAGCAGCUGACGUCGGGGGCGAUGGCGGGCGCCGUGUCGUGCACAGCCACCGCCCCGCUGGACAGAAUGAAGGUCUUUAUGCAGGCUCAUGAGCUGAAACAAAACAAAAUCAGCCUGGUUGGUGGUUUCAAGCAAAUGUUAAAAGAAGGAGGUCCGACUUCUCUGUGGAGAGGAAAUGGCAUCAACGUCCUGAAGAUAGCCCCUGAGACGGCCAUUAAGUUCAUGGCCCAUGAGCAGUAUAAGAAGCUGUUGGCCAAUGACGCAGGGAAGAUCCAGACCCAUGAAAGGUUUCUGGCUGGAUCUCUGGCUGGAGCCACAGCGCAGACUGCUGUCUACCCCAUGGAGGUGCUGAAAACCAGGCUGAAGACUGGGCAGUACUCCGGCAUGUAUGACUGUGCCAAGAAAAUCCUCAAGAGGGAAGGAGUGAAGGCAUUUUACAAGGGCUACGUUCCAAACAUGCUGGGCAUCAUUCCCUACGCUGGAAUUGAGCUGACUGUGUAUGAGAGCUUGAAGAACUUCUGGCUGUCCCACUAUGCCAAAGACACGGCCAACCCUGGAAGUUUUGUGCUGCUGGGCUGCGGUACCAUCUCCAGCACCUGCGGCCAGCUGGCCAGCUACCCUCUGGCUCUGGUCCGCACCAGGAUGCAGACGCAAGCAUCUGUUGAAGGCUCGGAGCAGCUGCCAAUGGGCCGUUUGGUGAAGAAGAUUUUGGAAAAGGAAGGCUUCUUUGGACUCUACCGUGGCAUCCUGCUCAACCUCAUGAAAGUCAUAGCAGCAGUCAGCAUUAGCUACGUGGUAUAUGAGUACAUGUGCUCUGGCCUGGGUAUUCAGAAGUAGGGAUGGAGUCAUGUCUG